GCACUUUACGGCAAGAAGCAAUCUUCCACAUGGCCUCCUCCAACCAGGCUGGACCCGGACUGUAUGUUUGAGGUUUAGUAGCUAAGCAUUAGUGAACGGGAGAAAAAGGACAUAAGAACACGCUGCAUGUGCCGGCUGCACUUCAAUAAAAAUUGAAAUGGGUAAAAGUAGAACCACUAAAUUUAGACGUCCGCAGUUCAACGCUGUUGGACUGCCGGUGAACGCUGUGAAGGAAGCGGAGCCUGAGGAAGAUGAGUACGGUGAUGACGACUGUCCAGCUGCGGAGUUGUUGGAGAAAUUGCAGAGUCCGAGUGCAGAUGUGCGGGAGUUUGCAUGUGCCAGCAUUUCUCGCGUGGUGCAGCAGAGCCAGACCAUCCCUGGUUUCCUUCAGAGGGAUGCUGUGAGGCGCCUCGGGCCCAUGGUGCUGGACAGUAGCCUGGCUGUCAGGGAGACGGCCACAGGAGCACUCAGGAAUCUGAGUGCAUGUGGAGGUCAGGAGGUGUGUGAGGACAUGGUGAAGCACGACGUUAUGACUCCUCUGACAGCACUGCUUAGAGAGUGCUGUGCUGGUUUUGAGAGCGCUGACAUGCAGAUCAAAGACCAGAAGAACGCAGUGGAGGAUGUAGCCAAUGAGGCUGUGAACUUACUCUGGAAUCUAUGUGAGAGCAGCAGCCAGGCGCUGUCUGUCUUCAACAAAGCAGGUCUCCUGGAUCUGGUCGUCCAGUGUUUGGAAAGACACCCACACAAUGAGGAACUGGCCAUAUCUGCUGCCCACUGUUUGCACACUGUGACUGAGGAUAACCCGGAGCUGCUGUGUAGCAUGAACACUGCUGUGCUUGGCGCCCUGGAGAACGUGUUGCUGACAUCUCAGCCAGGCAUGGCACACACUCUCCUCAGGACUUUAGCUGCAGGGACACUGUGGAAUCUGAAGGGCAGCCUGCCUGCUGCCCGUCAGGCCCAGACUCUCAAUGCUGUGGUGGCCACCUUGUCACAGUGCCUGGCUCUGGACGCAGGCACACUCAUACCUGAGCUCAGACAAGCAGAAGAGGUUCGUCACAGAAAUGCACCGGCUGUGAAAGACAUAGAAGACCAGGCUGCAGGUGAGCUCGCUGUGGAGGAGAUGGACGAGGAGGAGGAAGCACCUAAACAGAAGAGGAAUGGAAAAGUUGCGAAGGUUGAUAACGACUUCUCCGACCUCCUGCCUAGGGGCAAGGAGGAGCUGAGGGAGGCAACGGCCUUGCUGACAGCCCAGCAAACGUCUUUAGAGAUCAUCGUCAACAUGUGCUGUUCUGACGAUCCCUCUGAUGACGAGUGGGAGGAUGAGUCGAGCAGCGAUGAAAGCGACAUGGGUCCUGAUGGUCUUUGCGAUGGAGUGUCCAAUCUUAUGUCUCCGCUGUGUUUGUCAGCUGAGGUUCAUGAGGCCUUAAUCAACCACAGCAUCUCUGAAAAGGUCCUCAAAAAGACUGAGUUCCCCAAAACAGAAGCCAUGGAUGUUUGCCACCAGAAUCCCUCCUGGAGAGGCCUGAUAAAAAAGAUGCAGCGCGUACAAUACCGGGCUCUGACGUGCCUCCACAGCAUACUCUCCGCCAUGGACGCAGAGUCUCUGGGAGGACCAGCAGCCCUGCAGGGAGCAGCGCAGCACCUGUCCACCCUGGUUUUUGGUGCAGCAGAGAUACCCAAAGACAAGGAGUUCCUCGAGGCUGUCAUCAGUGCCAUGCGGUCUCUGCUACAGAUGAUUGCCUCCAAAAAUAUCCCCCAGUGUAUGACCCCCCAGCAGCUGAUGAGUCUGAGCGAAGCGGCCACCCGCUGUGAUGUUGUCAGUGUGAGGGUCAACGCCGUCGCCAUUCUGGGCAUCACUGGCAGCACAUUAGCCAAAGAGAAAGGAACUGUUGAAACCCUUAAGAUGAUUGGAAAUGCCUUACUUCAAGUUGCCACAAGGGAUGCCGACCUGGUUGUAAACGGAGAAGCACUUGAUGCCUUGUUUGAUGUUUUUGCGGAUGGAGAUGAAGCGGAGGAAGCUGCUAAAAACAUUCAAUUACUACCUGCACUGAAGGCACUUCAACCUGUCUUUAAGGCCAAGAUUCGUAAAGAGGGAAGAGGCAAGUACAGCCCUCAGCAGCUGUGUGUCCUCGACAACAUCAAAGUCAACCUGAGAAGAUUCAUUGGUUAUCUGGAGAAGAUGGUGAAAAAAUGAGGACUUUCAGUACUUUACAUUGCAAUCAGUUAAACAUGUAUGGUUUGGUCGGAUACUGUAUGCUAGCAGGAGCAUAGCAUGAGACAGAAUAUGGUUGUGAAACCAUCAAGUAUUUAUUAUGUUGGUAGUAAACCAUUUGUUAAUGCUUGAUUUCAAUGUUUAUAUUCUCCAAAUAAUGAUUUACUAUUUCACUUUAGUGAUGUGAAAGUUUAUUUGUUGUGAAGAAAUAAGCGUGGAAUCUGAUAAUUAUUAGUUACAGCGUGUUGUGUAAAGAGUGUUUUCCCUACAUUCAACACAGAAGGUUUUUCAGACUUCAAUGUGAGUAUUUUCAUAUUCCCAGUAACAUUUGAAUAGAGCAGGUGUGGUGAGGUGAGGGUGACGGCAGGUUUCGACAUGGGUACCCUUAUUUUAGCCCCAUAUUUCAAUGGGCAAAAACAUGUGAUGUUUUGCUGCUGACGAGGGGUAAGAGGCAGAGCUGUUCAAAAAUUAACAGCUGUUGUAUGAAAAUGAGAUUUUGCUUUAUGGAAUCCUUUUUUUAAGCAAUCGGCUUGCUUAAGAGUAACGAGAUUACUAUUUAAUUUCAGUAACUGACUAAGAUCAAGAGGUUGGCAUGCUCACUGCCAAGGUUAUAAUAAGACUACAGUGUAUUAAAACAGGCAUUUUAGCCUUUAGAAAUGAGCACCUAUUCUCUACCUCUGCCUCUCCGUGCAUCCUCCACUUCCCACUACACUGAUGCAUGGAGUGGUAGCUGCUUUUCUGCCUGCAAGUCACCACACCAGCCAGCUUUCUACUGAGAGUAUUUCUCUGAGUAACAUUAUAAGAUAAUUGCCUAAAUGCAAGUUUAAAAAAAGAUUUUGCAUUGCUAGAACCAUAAUGAUCAGUCAGCAUCCAGAAUUGCUGUUAAAGCUGGCGGUCCUGUUCUACAACAGGCUUUGACAUUUGAAAAUUGUAAAUCUAUUUUGCACCUGAUUCGUGGAUUAUCUUAUCAACUCCUCAGCUUUCCUUGUUUGGGUUUCCGAUGACUUUUAAAGAGAAUAUCAAUAAAAUUGCAAAUUGAUAAAAACAAAACAAUUUAAAAGAUAUUUGAGGGAAAAUAUGUCAUCAGGCUACGGAUGAAUGCCUUUUUUGAAAUAAAUCCUGAUUUCUUAAAA